AUCAUUCUUCUUCUAGAAAAUGGCUUGUACUUGUACCAAACCUUUCAAACAUCCUCUCUCCUUUACACCUAUAUUCCUAUCCUAAUUCCUAGCCAAACGUAGCACUUCACACACACAAUGAUCCUUCUCCCCAAAUCUGUCUCCUUCUGCAACGACCAACUUCUCCAUUUCAUCUCUUCAUAAACUCCACCACUUCUUUUCUUCAUGGAUUUUCGGUUGCUAGAUAAUUUGAUCUCUUCACUCUCAGCUUCCAACAAUGCCGGAUCUGCAUUUACUGACGCUGAACAUGACCUGCCGGCGCCUAAACUGCCCAGGAUUUCCUUGCCGGAAUGCAACAGAAGCGGCGGUGCCACUCACCAAAUGCUCGGCUUCUCCGCCGCCUUCCCGUUUCUCAGGAGCUCAUCCGGCUAUGAGUGUACAAGUAUGCAUGUCCCCUUCACCACUUCACAAUGGAUGGAGCUAGAACACCAAGCAUUGAUCUACAAAUACAUCACUGCAAAUGUUCCCAUACCUUCCUAUCUACUUAAUCCAAUCAGGAAAGCUCUCGAACAUUCUCGAUUCUCUUGUCUCUCCUUCCUACGACCAAAUACUCUGGGAUGGCGUGUUUCCAACAAGACCGAUACCGAGCCAGGUAGGUGUCGAAGGACAGACGGAAAGAAAUGGCGGUGCUCACGGGAAGCAAUCGCUGAUCACAAGUACUGCGAGCGCCAUGUCAACCGAGGCCGCCACCGUUCAAGAAAGCCUGUGGAAGGUGGAUCCGGAAAUAGAUGCCCUAUGGACAAGGAAACUCGGAAAACAUGUUUGAAAGACAAGCAACACGCCUAUUCAUUGCUCGACCCCUUAGAGAGGACUGAGCUCUCGAUGGGACUCGGCGUUGCUAGUGAAGACAGCUGGGGAGGUGGGCCGUUGGGCGAGGCAUUGCACACAACGGGCAACAGCUCGGGUCAAUGCAAGGCGCUCAACCUCAUAGCGUCGACCCCAUUUUCUUGAAGGGAGUAUUUUUCAUAUCUUUGAUUUCCAAUCUUGUCGCAUCGAAAUAUGUGGUUUCCUUCUUUGUGUUUAGUUUCGGCCGCUAUUUAUGUAGGUGGCUGUAUAGUUGUAAUGUUGCAUGAAUGCAUUCACAUAUCUAGAAAUGAUAUUGUCACUAAAUUAAAUACCAAAGCUUUUCUAUCCUCA